AUGUCCGCAGAACAUAACCUUGGUUUUCAACUUUCUAAUGGCACUCGAAUCGUCCAUGGGGAAGGUUCGAUAACCAAGACUGCCUUUCCAGCCGAGACGAAUAUUCCUGGACAGCUUCAAAUUUUCAAUCUCGGCCACAGUAAAGAUAUCAAUAUGCCUACAAUGAACGGAACUUUUGGGUGUCUACCUUUCGAUAUAAACACUCGGAUGCCGAGACACGUUCAUAUGACGAUGGCUACAGACGCAAAAAGUCGACGAUACGUUGUCGAGAACAUCCUCGUGCUGAAUGGAGUCGCAAUCGUUGAGCUUGGUGGCGAGAUUUAUGUUAUACCGCCAAAGACUCUAGUUAGUAUUGGGAGUGGCGUGCCACACACUUGGACCGCCUGCCCGCCUGGCUUGGAUCUGCAAAAACUUGGUUUAUCGCCCGACGAGCAAAUCGUGUCAGAUGGCCAAUUCCUGGCGGUUUUCCAAUACGAGGAACCCACAAUCUUCCUUCCAACCAAACAAACUCGAAGGUUAAUGGACGAAAAGGAUUAUGAGGGUUGUGAUGAUCUUCACAGUAUAAGGAUUCCGAAAUAUGAGAUUGAUGAUUUAAUCAUGAAUGCAUGGUUUGUCUGGGGGAAACGUGCUCGGAAAGCAAACGAUAUAAGAUCUUUAGAAUUUGAAUAA